AUGGUUCGAUCUUUAUUCCAGAAAAAGUUCAGGGUCAAGGACGAACUGUUCACAGCUCGCGUCGAAGAGCGAUCACCUCUUUUUGCCAUCAAACUGCCAGAAAAAUUCCUUCGCAAGAAUCCUGACCAAAAUGUAGCCAUGGAAUACAAUGUAAACAGAUUGGUCACCACAAGGGAUAUUGGUAUGACUUUGAUGGACCUCGCCAACAUGAGCUUCACUGCGAAUCCCAUAAAGGAAAAAGAUGACGAUAAGCAAAUGACCAGGGAAGAAGAAGCAUGUAUAUUGGUCACUACAAGGGAUAUUGGUAUGACUUUGAUGGACCUCGCCAACAUGAGCUUCACUGCGAAUCCCAUAAAGGAAAAAGAUAACGAUAAGCAAAUGACCAGGGAAGAAGAAGCAUUGGCUGGAGCUUCCCUUUUGCGGCAUAUUCAUUCAAACUGGCGAUCGUGCGAUGAUGCUGGCAUUCCUCCACAGCUGUGCCUUUGCAUGGAUAAGAAGAUCCUGCAGUCAGAUGACUACACAAAGUAG